GUCUUUAAUAAUAAGAUUAAGGUGUCCGCAGCUAGCGCGAGGGAGGGAGGCGGUGAUAUGCAUUAGCGAUGUUGCGGUACAGUACGACGAGUGUGUAUAGACCUGCGUUUUGUGUAGCGAGCUUUUGAAUUAAGUACAGGACGUCGAUUUUAAAGUCUGCACGCCACGUUGUAGUAGGACACACUCGGGUAGUUGCGGUCGCCGUUUUUAGUUUUUCGCGUCUUGUUAAAUAGCUGUCGUUCGAGGUUAAAAGUUAAAACCUGCGGCUCUUCUCUGAUGCAGUCGGUCCUCGGCGUUUGUCACUUUGCCCCGCACCAACUGGAAUGCGCUGAUUUGCCGUACUGUGCUGCAUAACGUGGCUCCAACCCGACGGAUUUGGAUACAAACCAUCGCCAUUAGUCACGUUGGAGACCGACAACGCGCGGGACUGCAACGAUGAAGCCGGGCCAUGCAAUGUAGCCUAAAUAAAAUGGGAAAGAGCUGAUGCGCAUUCAGGGUUCCUUGAGAAGGUGAAGAGAUGUCGGAGGCUGCAGAGAGGGGUCGGGACGAUGGCGGCCUGCAGGGCAUCGUGAUCCGGCUCACCGGUAGAGGGGGGGCAGGGGAAGAUUCUGAGGACAGUGACUGUGUCUUUCUCCCAGACCAGCAUGAGGGCAUCCCCCUCAGGCCCAUCCCGCCCACCUGCCGGGCCCCGCCCUCACCUGUCCUGACCGACCGGUGUGCCUCCGCCCCCGCCUUCCUCUCACCCCACCCCUCCUCGCCCAAACCACUUCUCAGCCUGGUCAAGUCGCUCUCCACAGAGAUUGACCCCAAAGAGACCUCCUCAUCCCCUUCCCCUUCUUCCUCUCUCCGGCCCAAGCCCCUCCUCAGCCUGGUCAAGUCCCUUUCCUCCGAGAUCUCACGGUGCGAGCCCGAGGUGGCUCAGUCCAAGUCCGACUCCAAGCUCAACCUGCACAUGUUGAAGCAGCUGACCCAGCCCAGGGCGGAGCCAGAGGGCGGGGACUCAGAAAUGGCCCCGCCCACCCCAGCUGAUCCCUCCCCCACUGAGCCCGAGCCCAGGGGCGGCGGCUUCUUCAAGGCAGAGCUGGAGGACACACGGCGCAAGUUCUCUGAGGCCAUGCAGGAGCCACUGAGCAUGCUCAGUAAGAUCAUACGGGAGGACAGCCCCAAGCAGCAGCAGCUCCACCAGAAUCGGGCACCGGGGGCGACUGACGCUGUGGGGGGUGGGGCCAGGGGCAGGGCUGGUUUUGAGGGUGGACCCAAGGACAGUAAUGCAGAGGGGUUGGAGAUGCAGUGCAGGAGGGCAUGGCGGGCCAGGUGUUCUGUGCCCAGUCCCUCCCCCUCCCCCGCCUUGUCCCAGGACAGCAGGUACGAGAUCUGCACAUACGGUGAUGUCAUCCAAGUUGUGGAGAUUGUGGGUUCCAGGGCUGGAGGGGAUGGUGGUGGGGCCCCUCGGCCGGUCCAGGGGCCCCGGGGCCCGGCCCGGCCCUCAAUCUCAGGAUCAGGUCGGUGGUUGUUCUACGUUUCGGCGCUGGCCUACAGCUUCUUCGUCCUGCCUCUGCCCUCCUACUGGGCAGGCCUCGCUCUGGGGCUGGCUGGAGGAUUCAUGCUGGGGUUGCUGGUGGUUCUGCUCCUGGCACCCCGUCGCUCCUCCCCACGCCCCCACAGGGACCCCCACUCCCUGCAAGACAGCCUACGAGCUGAUGCCCCUGGUGAGGAGCAGAGCCAUCCAAAAAUCCUGCAGGGCUGGAUGAAUGAGAUGCAGGGGUACAGUCCUGAAACGUACCACCCCUCCCUCACCCACUCCGUCUAUGCAACCAUGGAGGGGUCUCGUUUGCGGCUAGCCUACCCCCGCACUAACAUUUCCCGCCGCGCAAACUUCCACGACCCUACCCCUGACCCCGCCCACAACGCUGUCUUCGUCCGCUCACGCCAGUUCCAGCUGGCUGGCAGCAAGGUGUCCCUGUUGCCCACGGUACUGGCACGAAAGAGGGUGUGGAACAAGAAGUACCCCAUCUGUGUGGUGCUGGCUGAGGAGGCGGUGGAGGAGGAGAAGGAGGUGGGGGAGGAGGGCAGAGAGGAGGUGCAGGAAGAGCAGGGGGAGAGGCCGGAGCAGGAUGUGGCCCCUGCUGCCAAGUUGGGGGCCCCUGUCACUCUCUUCCUGUUUGGCCGAACGGGUCGGGAGAAGGAGGAGUGGUUUCAGCAUUUCCUUUCUGCCUCUAAGGCAGCAGACUGUGAUCAGGACAGCGGAUCUAGAUCUGACAUGUCAGUGCAGCAGGACUCCACCCACACAGACCAGGCGCAGUGCAGUGGAGGCUCCAGCAGGGGGAGCUCUGAGGACAUCCCCUCUCUCCUGCGGCUGAAGGACCUGGCGGGCAGUGUCCGGGAGAAGAUCCUGCUGGACUACAGCGCCUACAUGGCCCGCUUCGUGGUUUCAGAGGCGGGCAGUGCCCCGCCCAGCCCCUCCCACAGCACUGGCGACAGCCCCACAGCCAAGGAGAAGUUCUGUGAGCCCAUCACUGGCGGCAAUGGUGAAUCCCAGCCCGCCAUUACCCGGGGAAUCAAUGCACUCAUUGGACGGAUCUUCUGGGACUUUCUCCGUGAGAAGUACUGGGCCAAUCAGGUGGCUCACAAAAUCCAGAAAAAGCUGACAAAAAUCAGGUUGCCGUACUUUAUGAAUGAACUGACCCUGACAGAGCUGGACAUGGGUACCUGCAUGCCCCAGGUGGUGAGCAUGUCCAGACCCUCAGUGGAUCACAGAGGUCUAUGGCUGGAGAUGGAGGUGAUGUAUACCGGCUCUCUGCAAAUGACUCUGGAGACCAAGAUGAACCUCUGUAAGCUGGGCAAGGAGGGCGGGGCCGAGGCCGACAGCGUGCCGGAGUCUGGCUGCAUGAGCUCCAGGCCCAGAGUGUGUGUUCUGGCUGACAGUGAUGAAGAGUCCUCGAGUGCUGGCUCCUCUGAUGAAGAGGAAGUACCACCUUCUGAGCCUCAGGGGGUUCUGGGAGACAAGGGCACUCCACCAGGUGCUGAUGGGGGCUGCAGCACCAGCAGGAAGAUUCUGAAGUUUGUGGACAAAAUUGCCAAGUCCAAAUACUUCCAAAAGGCCACCGAGAAUGAGUACAUCAAAAAGAAGAUUGAGGAGGUGUCCAACACACCACUUCUUCUGACUGUCGAAGUGCAGGAGCUCUCUGGAACUUUGGCUGUCAAUAUUCCACCGCCCCCUACUGACAGAAUAUGGUACAGUUUCCGUGUUCCACCGCGAUUGGACCUGAGAGUGAGGCCCAUGCUGGGCGAGAGGGAGGUGACCUUCAGCCACGUCACCGAGUGGAUCGAGAAGAAGCUGCAGCGCGAGUUCCAGAAAGUACUUGUGAUGCCGAACAUGGACGACAUUUACCUGCCGCUCAUGCACUCUGGGCUGGACAGUCCUCCGACCUCCCAGCAUUCCCCUGCCUCCUGCUCGCGAGAGUCCUCCAUGGACGUGGCAGAGAAGGAGGAGCUGGUAUCGGAGUAGAGGCACGCCUGGGUGGAGACGUGUUGAAAACGUAUCCCUGCGCUUCGGAUUGGCCCGGAGCGGCUCGUGACAGGGAGGAGGACUGGUGCCUGCUGAUCGCUGAACCCACAGGUCUUAUGAGUGACGGACAGCAGCCUGGUGAUUGGGCAGGCCUGUUUUUUAGGCGCUGGUGGACAACAGCACCCUCUGGAGCCUGGUGCUGGGAUGGCAUGCAUUCCACUCAGUUGAGCCUGCAGUGCAGGGGUGUUAGACUAAAGCUCUGGAGGGCUGCAGUGUUUGCAGGUUAGCAGCUAGUUAAGGCCGUGAAAACAAAGUUUCGAGCUGUGAUAGGCCUCUAAAAUGGAGUUACCAUGGGUUACCAUGGUGCACGGCGUCAGUACAGGAAGGAACCCUGCAUCUCCUGCAUGUGUGAUCCUUCCCUCACAUCCUUCUGGAACAGAAUAAAGAGUUUCUGUGCAGGAGUCUC